AUGACGGACUUGGAGGGCCUCCAGGCGUCCAACUUGUUGACCGCCUUUGUGGUGCACCGGGUUCUCCCCCUCCAAGGCCGGCCUCACAUGAUCAGCCAGAUUAGUGGGCACCGAGACCCAUGCUCGCUGUCCACCCGGGAGAUGCUGGCCAUGGAGGUGGCCUGCAUGGUGAACGAGAUCGCGAACCUCAAGCUCUCGAAGUCGGACUGGCAGUUCGGCAAGCGGCCGUACUCCCGCGCGCAUCUGCCUCCUGCCUCGAACGUGUCGCAGCUCCUCACGACCCAGCAGGCAGCCGACACGCCGACGCGAGGCCAAGAAUUCCUGCCGGACCGAGCGGUGAGCGACGCGGACGACCCCGACUUGGGGGCGGCCGCCUUGGAAGACGACGCCACAGCGGCGCCACCCGCACCAAGCGACGCACCAAAGCGUCGAGCCGGCAUGCAGCUGCAAGGCGGCCGGCCGAAGAAGCCCAAGGGCUCGGCCGCAGCGACCACGCGGGAGGAGGCCACCGCGAAGGCAGCCCGAUUCCAGAAGGCCCCAAAGCAGCCGCCGACGGUGUCCGCAGAACCGCUCUCUCUUGAGCGGUCGACCUCCGCCUCCAUCAUCGGAGGGACGGAGGGUUCCGCCAACGCCCACCGCAUAGACCCGCUCGCCGACCUCCGGGAGGCGACGGAGAAGAACGCGCAGGAGGCACGCGAGGAGAAGGAGCGGGUGGAGAAGGCGAAGGCGGACGCGGCCAAGGCGGCGCAGGAGGAGGCGGACGCGGUGGCCAAGGCCCAGGACAACGCUGCGGUCAAGGCCCAGGAGGAGGAGGCGACCAAGGCCCAGGCAGACGCGGCCGCCAAAGCACAAGCGGGAGCAGCCGCGGGUGGCCAGGCUCCAUACCUGGUCAUUCCGCUGCGCUCCAUGCCGCCGGUGGCAGGGAUCCCGACGCCGACUGGAGGGGCCAACAACGACCAGCCGGUCAUGGAGAGGGAGGGAGGCGACGCCGUCAUCCCGAGGACGGAGGCGUCCCAGCAAGCGUCGGCUGCCGAGUCUCAGGGCAGUCGGCCUGACGCGCCGUCGGCGCCUCGAGUCAGCGGCGAGCUGGUGGGAGGGGCGACUCCCGUCGUCUGCACUCCGACGCGCUGGCGUGUGACGAAGGACUACCACAACAUGCGCGUGGCCGCCUACAACUCCCAAGUCCGGGAGCUGUCCAAGCGGACCGCCGAGCUGACAGACAGCCAGAGAGCCAAUGCCACCUUGCGGCAGCAAAUGGGAGAAGCUCAAACCGUGCUACAUGCCAAGGAGGAGGAGCGCCUCAAGAUGGAGCAAGAGCGAGACUGCCUGGCCAAGCAGCUGGUUGACCAGGCGGAGCUGCAGAAGCUCAAAGACGCGGAGGAGGCUCUCUAG